CUAAUAUCAUUUCCCCCGUUUUGGCACAUUGUAAGGGUUGCGAGGAAUUCGUCGGCAAUAUUGGUGCCCCUAUCUAACCAUCACCUGAUUUUAUGAAAAUUACUUUAAAUGGACAAUGAGAAAAGCACAGUGAACAUUAAGGCAAAAGGGGGCUCUCUGGUGUCAGGAAGAGAUACAGUGACCAUAGACCAGCCACAGGGAAUGCAGCUACCGGAAGUCACAAUAUCAGAGGACUUUAGUAGGCAGCCUUUGUUCAGCAGUGUCAACGUAGAGUCCUCUGGUGCCAACGUCACUGUGGCUGACCAAACUGCAGUUCUCGUCAACUUACGAUCUCCUGAAGAGGCUCAAAAUCCAACCACAGACAGCCUCCUCCCCACAGACCAGAGUUCUCUCUCUUCUCCUGUUAGUGUGACAGGGGGUACAUCAUCAGGGGACACAAAUCUUCACUUCCUUGUUCAUGAGCAAGGGAAGUACAUUCAGAUAGGCCAGUGUUGUGUGAUUGUUGAGAUGCAUGUCAACGACCAAACGAUGGAGAGACUCAAAGCCCAGGGCACCUUAGAAGUUGAGUCACAAAUUUGUGCCUCUCUGGUGACAAUGAGGUGGAGAGGCCUUGAGUUAGAUGAGACGAAAUUGAGGACCAAAAUCAAAGUCCAGCUGACAGAGAACCUCCUUGACCUUGAGAGAGCGAUCCCCCAGGAUUUGAUGGCCAACCAUUGUGACAAGUGUCAGCAGCUUGUGACCUUUCUCCUGAAUGAAUUCAGGGGUUAUCUAACCGACGUGUCACUUGGGUGCAUUCAACUGGCAUUGGUCUUUAGGAACAAAGAAGACUUUCAGAGAGGCAGAUCUCCUGAGGCAAUCUCAAAAAUUAAGAUCUUCCUUGACAAAUUACUUUUGACAGAGAAAAAUCCUCCGAUUUUUGGGAGUGUGAGAUUUUCUUUGACUCUCCCAGGAAAAGAGGGUUUCACAAACAAAAAUGACACCAUCGUUUACAACAGAGAGAUUGAAAAGACACAUGUGUCUGAAAAAUCAGCAGAGACUCCUUCAAUCUGUGAAUACGAAAGAACUUCGAUAGGCGGUCAAUCUGGGGUCAUUACGGUAGACGAGUUUACUCGCCAGAUCCUACAGAUCAAUGAUUUCCUCAGAAAUGAAUUAGUCCACAGUUUACGUAAUGUCAUAACCAAAGAAUCAGAAGGCAUUGAAAAGAGAAUCUUGGAGAAUAUUUCUAAAAUACUUGAUAGAAAAAUCCAUCCAUCACCGGAAUUGGAAAAUCUAAAUGUUCCGGGAGACAGAAGUAACAGGGACUCUGGAUGCGGACGUUCAAUAAGUCCUUGCCUUUCUCCAAUGAGUGACCCCACCCAAUUGGACAUCACAAAUUUUGAAAGACACAAAAAGGAAGAUCGGGAGAAUAAAGGCACUGAAACACCUGGUAUUCAAGAAAAACAAGAUGGAAAUGACACCGGGAACAAAUGGCAAGCUUCAAACGUUGGAAAAGAAAUUAAAGUUACAAUUACGCAGUAUGAAGAGGAAAGUGGUCAAGUGGAGGGCGAUUUUGUAGAUUUUUCGCACUUGUUUGAUGCUGUUCUUGGAAAGAGGGCUGAAAGUGGUCAAAAGAAAUUUGAAGAGCAUCAUGAAACACUAAAAGAAAUAUGGGGAGAGGACUUGCUGAACGUUGUACAACAGGCUUUAGCCAAAGCUGUCCAAGUCACUAGAGAACUGGAUGACGAUGAGAAAUUGGACGAGUUUUGUACGGUAUUGUGUGUAGAUGUAUCUCACAGUAUGGCGGGAGAACCGUUUGAGGAACAGAGGGCAAAAGCCAAGAAAAUAAUAGAGGCGUGUCUGGGUUAUAUUGGCUUGGUCUCCAUUGGUUCUGAGACAAAGGUGGAACAAGAACUGACCAAGGACAAAACAAGAGCAUUAAAAGUCAUAGAUCAGCUAAAUAUCAAUCAGCUUCAUUCCUCAUCUAGUAGUCCAGUGAUACAAGGAAUAUUCACAGUUCUUCAACUUUUAAACGGCACAGUAAGACCUACGAACUACGGUUCUCACCACACAAGGUACCCAAAAAUUGUUAUAAUUUCUGACGGCUUCUUCAACGACUGUUCUCCAGACUCUGAAAAAAAACAGCAGCAAUGCAAGAAAACAACUGAGUUACUGGUAUCAGUUUUGGAGGUGUUGGUUGCCAUGAGUAUACGAGUACCUAUCUAUUUUGUUCCAGUUGGGAAGAAAAUGGAAAUGAGUCCUAAGAGCAUUAAUAUUUUGUCAGAGACCCAUGAAUGGUUCAAUAAACUGUCAGUUGUGGACAAUGUAGAACUGCUUUUUGAUUCUAAAAAACGAGAGACGGCCAUGGGGAGAGUGAUGACAGCAAUCAUGUCGCCUAAUCAACCAGAGACCCCAUAUAAAUCAUGGCAGACAAUAAAGGAGGAACUAUACGAAAACCACACUGGUAAGGAGAUGACACAUAUUGAAUGGUUAAUAACGGAUUCCUUCAAGCGACCCCCUCAAGUCGGAACUCGGGUACGCGUGGCUGGUUUACAGCCACAGACAACGGGAACGAUACUUUGUCGUAUUGAAGAGCCUAACAUAACACUAACUGAAAAGGUUGUAGUUGUCAGAGACACCGGAGAAACUGGCAUAUUCUCGUGGAGCUUCAAUCAGAAAGAUUUACUGUUUUAUGAACCUUCCAAGUCUUCUGAUAGCUCUGAAUUUACUGUUGGGUCAUUAAUUCGUGAAGAUGGACAUCACAUUUGUGGAGACCUAGGAGUGGUAAUUGAAAACGAACAAGCAGCAUCGGAGGGUUUACCAAUUAUACUUUGGGUUAAAGACCAAGUCAAGGUUUGUUGGCGCUCACGGCUUACAACGGAUGACAAAUGUUGUUUUCGCAUGAAAUCUAUGAUAAAACAUGCGGAAUCACCUCUUAUAGAUUUGACAGGAUUGAUAGCUUCGAAGACUAUGGCCUAUCAUUUGAAGCAAACUUCAAGUUCAGAGGGGACAGUGACUUAGGAACCGAAUUCUGAUCGUCCACUACUCAGAAAUACAGUAAACGAAGAAGAAAAAAUAAAUGAAAACCUCAAUCCAAGGCAUCGACAAAGGACACGUGCACCACAAAGGGAGGGUCGUGUAUUCAUUCACACGACCAGUGCGGGGGUAUAUAGAUCUGUAUGCUCUGGGAUGCAAUAGGAAUAGCGUGUGCUGCAAGCUAGCGCCAGUAACCGCCAAUCCCGAACCAAUAUACCCAGACAAACCAUUUCCAGCAUACACGUACUACUUGGCGAACAUCACCAGGAAUUGAAGUCAAACAACGAAUGGAAUGCAACCAUCCAAAAGGUUCAAAUUGCAAGGACCCCAUUCCAACUAACUCCAACGUUACACAUACGCUAGCUAACAACAUUGGUCAUUUUUAAACCCCCCCCCCCCGAAUAAAAACAAAAAAGAACUAUUUUGUUGUUUGUUUCUAGCAUCCUGAAUACUCUACCAAUCAUGGUCUUCCUCAUGAUAUUGCGGUGGUGCAGCUUUCACGCACAGUAAAGGUGACCGGACAUUACGUCAGAACAGCGUGUAUAGCGUGUAUGCCACACGAUGAUGACAUGUUUGAUGACGCAGACUAUUGUUAUAUCAGUGGUUGGGGAUACACUCAAGGUACUCCAGUGUCAUAUGAUGAGGUUUAGUCUUUGACUGUAUUCCCUACUCACUAACGCCACACUAGAGUAUGAACGACCUUGAACCUUUGGUAAAAAUGUGCAUGUUACUUCCGGUUGAUGCAGAAAACUUGUUUCUUUAAGUUUGGAUUGAUUUCAUUAUUUACUUUUCAUUUUAAGAAAUUCAUUUAAAAAAGAUCUCUUACAACCUGUGUAUUUUUUUCAAUUUACAUAAUACAGUGUAUUAACUGUUUGUAGUUGUGUAGAUUUAUAAAUGUACAUACAAGCAAUAUACUUUAAAUAUCCACCAGGUACAUGUACCAGCCUACUAUAUUUGAUAAUGUACUUCUUUCAUGCAUUGUUCAUGCCUUGUACUCAUUGUUAUAUGUAAUAUAUGUAAUUAAAAUACUUUG